GGCACAGCGAGCCGCUGCGCUCUGCCGCUCUGGAUCCGGCUGAUUAUUUUUCACCGUUUCUCCUCCACUUUCCUUUCUCAUGUCGCUUCACUGAAACCAGAGCAACAGGAUUGUUUUUGGUGCCUCAGGAGGAGCUGAAAGAUGACAAUGGGGGAAAGAAAGAGCUGAGACUUCAGGACUUGCUGUAACAAAGAGAAGAAGUCAAGAUGAACUCCACGGCUCUGCAAGGCUUGAUCCCAGGCUACCUGAACCGGAGCCUCUACCCGGGAACGCAGCCAGAGAAAGAUGUUUCUGGAGACGAUAAGGAUUCCUCUGCUGGCUGCUACGAGCAGCUGCUGAUUUCCACCGAGGUCUUCCUCACUUUGGGCAUCAUCAGCCUGCUGGAGAACAUCCUGGUGGUCGCCGCCAUCAUCAAGAACAAGAACCUCCAUUCCCCGAUGUACUUCUUCAUCUGUAGCCUGGCGGUCGCCGACAUGCUGGUCAGCGUCUCCAACGCAUCGGAGACCAUCGUCAUAGCGCUGAUCAACGGCGGCAGCCUCACCAUCCCCAUCACCUUCAUCAAAAGCAUGGACAACGUGUUUGACUCCAUGAUCUGCAGCUCUCUGCUCGCCUCCAUCUGCAGCUUGCUCGCCAUCGCCAUCGACCGCUACAUCACCAUCUUCUACGCCCUGCGGUACCACAACAUCGUCACCAUCCGGCGGGCGUUGCUGGUCAUCGGCGGCAUCUGGACGUGCUGCAUCGUCUCUGGCAUCCUGUUCAUCAUCUACUCGGAGAGCACCACGGUGCUCAUCUGCCUCAUCACCAUGUUCUUCACCAUGCUGGUCCUCAUGGCGUCGCUCUACGUUCACAUGUUCCUGCUGGCGCGCCUGCACAUGAAGCGCAUCGCCGCCCUGCCGGGCAACGCGCCCAUCCAGCAGCGCGCCAACAUGAAGGGCGCCAUCACCCUCACCAUCCUGCUGGGGGUGUUUGUGGUGUGCUGGGCGCCCUUCUUUCUGCACCUCAUCCUGAUGAUCACCUGCCCCAGGAACCCCUACUGCACCUGCUUCAUGUCGCACUUCAACAUGUACCUCAUCCUCAUCAUGUGCAACUCCGUCAUCGACCCCAUCAUCUACGCCUUCCGCAGCCAGGAGAUGAGGAAGACCUUUAAGGAGAUCUUCUGCUGCUCACAGGCUCUCUGGUGUAUUAGCUUUCUGUGAGACGCUCCAGGUAUUUCAUCUGUAAUUAGUGCCAAGCUCCAGGUCUGCAGGACAAGAGGGGUCGAUGAGACGGUUGGCGAACACAGAGGGUUUGUCUGCAGUCAACAAUGUUGUGAAUCUAAAAGGAUGAAGAGCCUGAAGUGUCGGUUUUGCAGCUGAAAAUGCUUCGGCAUGUGAAACAUUUAAAGCACAUUAAACAGCUAAGAAUGAGAUAAGAGACUAACUUUGUUACAGCUGAGAUUACGUUGUGUCUCCAUUGGUUUCUUGAACACGGAAGCAUUGGGCUUGGACUUUAUAGCAUCACCAUAUAAAGUGAUAAUAACAUUACUAUUAACUGUAAUCAUAACAUCGUGGGUCAAAAAGGCAAAACAUUGACUUAUGAUGUAAUCAAGGAUAAAAACAAUGCCUUAAAAGGUAAUCAUACUAUUGUUUACUGAAGCAACCGUGACGUUGCCAUAAAAGAAGUUGCUUCGUGAGAUUAUGAUGUAAAUAUCUGUCAAAGACCUUAUUAGGCAAUGAUAACAUUACUGCACAUGUCAAUCAUGAGGCUAAAGAAAGAAGAUUGUAAUUCUGUUUACCAAAGGAGAGUCUGUGUGAUGAAGUCUUGAUGUUUUUGAAUGUAUUUAAACUUGACAGCUAAACUAACAUGAAAGCUAAUUCUAAAGCGCUAAAGCUAAAAACAAUAUAAUACUGCAGAAUUACACGAUGCUAUAUUUAGCUUUUCAUCACCGAGUCGACCAAUCACGGAUUGUCACAUGGCACAUUGUGAGCCAAUAGCGUCCCUUCACAGUCGACCAAUCACGGCCUGUCCUGUACUUGCUUUCAUUUUUUUCAUUUUUGCUCAGCUUUAUUAAAAGUUUACAAACAGCCAAGUAGAUUAGUGCUUUAAAACUUAAUUCAGUUAAAGGAAGCUAGGUGUGCUAAAUGUUUGCAAGUUUAGCAAAGGCGCUAAACGCAACGUUAGCUUUGCUAUUUAUAGUAGAGCUAAUGUUUCGUGCUAAUUAUGAUGUGCUAAUUAGCACUUUAGCAAAUCAGCAGAAGUGAACUCAACGCUUUGAUUUAAGCUUUUAUUUCACAGCACAAAUUUCAAGAACAAUAUUUGUCUCUUUCCAGCACAAAUCAGCUAAACUUUAUUACAAAACUGUUUUCUUUUAUAGCAGAUUUUCAGUGCCAAAUUAGAAUUGUUUAAUUCAAAUCCUCAAGCAAAAAAGUAAGUUAAAAGUUGUCACAGAAAAUUUAACACUGCACAAUAUUGAGCUACAAAAAUAUGAAAUAUUAGACAGCACCACUCACAGGUUCAAACAGGGUAAAAUAAUCGGCUUGUUUUUCAUCUACGCUCUUGUAAGUUUGAGUUAUUCACACUGGCACUUUAAGCUUGUGCUUAUAAAUAAGCCUAUUUUUCAAUGUGUUUGUGUGAAAGGGCAGAUUAUAAUUAAUGUAGGUUUUCUCUGUGUGUGUGACCUGCUUUUUUAGAUCUUUGCCUUAAUGGUGUUGCACUGUGAUAUGAAAAGAAACCGUAUUCUCUAUGAAGGUGUCUCAGAAAAAAAAAACAUGUACAGGUUUGAUGUUUUAAGUGUUGCCUUUUUAAUGUGUUCCUCUGUAAACUUGAAUUGCAUCACAAAACGCACAAGAGAACAGAUGUAAACAGGUGACUCAUGCAACUGAAAAACAUGUUUUGUAUUUUCUUUUUCCCAUUAGUGCGUACUGUGAAUCACUGCA